CUCAGGAUCCUGGACCCCUCCGGUGUUCGAGGCCUGGAGCUGCCGGCUUCUGGGGGGGAGGGAAACCUCCGUCUCCUCCCCCCCCCCACUUCCUCGUCUCUGCCCCACAGGCCAUAGAAGGGUUCUAAUGGGAGAACCAUUCUUCUGAAGUAAAGGUUUGCUGGCUGGCUGCAGCUAUGGAUGAGCAGCAAGCUUUGAAGUCAAUCAUGCAGGAUUUGGCAGUCCUUCAUAAGGCAAGUCGCCCUCCAUUGCCUCUACAAGAAACAGGGAAAGCAAAAUCAUCUUCACCGAAAAAACAGAACGAUGUCCGAGUCAAAUUUGAACACCGAGGAGAGAAAAGAAUUCUACAGUUUCCUAGACCUGUCAAGCUAGAAGAUAUUGCAUCAAAAGCUAAAGUUGCAUUUGGACAGUCAAUGAAUUUGCAUUACAGCAAUAAUGAGCUGGUGAUCCCAUUAGCUACACAGGAUGACCUAGACAAAGCGGUACAGCUUCUUGAUCGAAGUGUUCAUAUGAAGAGCCUCAAGAUAUUGCUUGUUGCCCAUGGAAACACACAGAGUAAUACUGAGCCUCUACCAUCACUGGAAGAUUUGGAUAAUACAGUUUUCAGAAUGGCUGAGAGGAAAAACAGGCUUUCUGUAAUAGGUUAUUAUAGUCGCGACAGAAGCUCUCCCCCUCCAGGAUACAUUCCAGAUGAGCUGCACCAGGUGGCCCGGAAUGGUUCAUUCACCAGUAUAAACAGUGAGGGCGAGUUCAUUCCAGAAAGCAUGGAUCAGAUGCUGGAUCCGUUAUCACUGAGCAGUCCUGAAAACUCUGGCUCAGGAAGCUGCCCUUCGCUUGACAGCCCUUUAGAUAGGGACAACUACCCCAAGUCCCGGAUGCCAAGAGCCCAGAGCUAUCCAGAUAAUCACCAAGAGUUUUCUGAUUAUGAUCUUCCUAUAUUUGAGAAGUUUGGCAAAGGUGGAACUUACCCCCGAAGGUAUCAUAUUUCAUACCACCAUCAAGACUACAAUGAUGGCCGUAAAACUUUUCCACGAGCUAGAAGAACCCAAGGAAACAGCUUACGAUCCCCAGUUAGCUUCAGCCCAACUGAUCACUCAUUGAGUACAAGCAGUGGGAGCAGUGUUUUCACUCCAGAAUAUGAAGAUGGGCGGAUGCGAAGAAGAGGAAGUGACAUAGACAAUCCUACUUUGACAGUCAUGGAUAUCAGUCCGCCUAGCCGCUCCCCAAGAGCUCCAACUAAUUGGAGACUAGGUAAACUCCUGGGGCAGGGUGCAUUUGGCAGAGUUUAUCUAUGCUAUGAUGCAGAUACAGGACGUGAGCUGGCUGUUAAGCAAGUUCAGUUUGAUCCUGACAGCCCGGAGACCAGCAAGGAGGUAAAUGCACUUGAAUGUGAGAUUCAGCUUCUGAAAAACCUUCUACAUGAGAGAAUUGUUCAGUAUUAUGGCUGCUUGAGGGAUCCUCCCGAAAGAACACUCUCUAUAUUUAUGGAAUAUAUGCCUGGGGGCUCAAUUAAAGAUCAGUUGAAGGCAUAUGGCGCACUCACGGAGAAUGUGACUCGGAAAUAUACCCGGCAGAUUUUGGAAGGAGUUCAUUAUUUGCACAGUAACAUGAUUGUACAUAGGGAUAUUAAAGGUGCAAAUAUUCUCAGAGACUCUGCAGGGAAUGUUAAGCUGGGUGAUUUUGGUGCCAGCAAGCGGCUUCAAACAAUUUGCUUGUCUGGUACAGGUAUGAAAUCCGCCACAGGAACGCCAUACUGGAUGAGUCCAGAAGUCAUUAGUGGAGAAGGGUAUGGGAGGAAAGCAGAUAUCUGGAGUGUAGGCUGUACAGUGGUAGAAAUGCUGACGGAGAAACCACCUUGGGCAGAGUUUGAAGCAAUGGCUGCCAUCUUUAAAAUUGCCACACAGCCAACCAAUCCCCAGCUGCCACCUCAUGUCUCGGACCAUGGUCGGGAUUUUCUGAAGCGAAUAUUUAUUGAGGCCAAAUUGCGACCAUCCGCAGAUGAACUGCUAAGACACACGUUUGCACAUUAUCACUGAUGGCCUGCUUCAACCCAGCUGUCACCUACUGCAUUUAUUUUCUGACUGCACUUUUUUUUACACAAGGUUGAGAAAAGACAAGGGAGAAGUUGUUUCUCUUGAUUCUUUAUUUCAUAUAGAUUGUUAAUAAUCUGCAUAUUUACACUGCAGAUUUCGUUCCCCAUUUAGGACUUAAGAUCUUUUUGUUUUGGUAAUGUACUGAUGUGGUUCGCAUAAAGCACUUUAGUACAUAUUCAUUCCUUAUUUAAGGGGGGAAAGGCAAGUUAUUUGGACUGCCAGGAAUUGUGUGUUAAGGUUUUUUUUCCUAGCACUGCUGAUUAACUCAGGAUGCAGGAAAAAUAUACAUGUUGUUAGCAGAUAUAGAAAAGGAAAAUGUGUCCAGUUGUUCUUUGUAAUAUGUAGAUAGAUGCCCUGGGAGGUUUUGGUUGUGUUUCAGCUUUGACAUGAGGCUCGUCCACAGUAUUGGAAACAGGUUUAAAAGCUGCAAACUCAAACUGCUGACCAAGGUGUAUUCUGGAAAAGAAAUCUGACUAGUGCAUCGCCUGCAACCAAAUGUAUAUUUAUAAUUUUAAAAGAAUAUACAGGAGGGUUCCCUAGCUGAAGUAGUUCAAGAGUCUUUUGAGUCAAGUAGUUCUGAUGUGUGAAUGUUCUAGACCAGGAAUCGUAGAUAAACAGAUUACUGUAGAUCCAUAAACCUUUAGAGUUGAAGAACAGGCAUCACAUACCGUGCCACAAGUUAGUUUACUUAAUCUGCUAAGAUCUGCAAUGAGUUGUGUUGGACAGGGCCUCUGGUGGCCAGGGUGAAGGCUAGUUUCUCUCUUGAUAAUUUUCUGUUCUGCAUCCUUCAUGCUGUCCCAGCUGGCCUGUCUGUUGCAUAGAAUACUUAAUGAGACCCAGUCUUCCUUCCUUCCUUCCUUCCUUCCUUCCU